GGCGCUGGGCCUUUUCAUUUUGAUUUCUAGCGUCUGUUGCCUGCUUGUGAGCAUCACCAAAAAGAAAAGAAAACAGAAAUUGUUUUAAGGAGCGGAUCAACAAUGAUUCACUUUGUUCUUCUUCAGAACCGGAUGGGCAAGACUCGCCUCGCGAAGUUCUACAUCCCCGUAGAUGACGCAGGUCAGGAGCGAAUCAAGCGUGAGGUACACGCGAUCGUCAACACCCGCGAUUCCCGCUCCACCAACUUCGUCUCGUAUGAGAACAUCAAACUCGUGUAUCGCCGCUACGCCGGUCUCUUUUUUACGUUGGGACUGGACCAGGAGGACAACGACCUCGUAUACGUCGAGCUUAUUCAUCUUCUGGUGGAAGUGCUGGAUAUGUUCUUCAAGGACGUCUGUGAGCUGGACCUCGUCUUCAACUUCCACAAGGUGUUCAUGAUCAUUGACGAGAUGAUCACCGGGGGCGAGAUUCAGGAAGUGUCGCGUCCCGUCAUCCUCCAGCGUCUACAGGAGCUGGAGAUUUCCAGCAAAUGA